UCACGGCUGGAAAGAAAGCGCUGGCAGCCUGACUUGAAUGAAACCAGCCUUACGUCAAGAGGGUGUGAUCCGUGUGGGUGUCCAGUUAGCAGUUUCAGCCUGAUCGGACUGUAUACAGCGAAGUUAUAGUGUUCGGUUUUCCUCUCAGCACGUCCGUUAACGAGCUCCUCCGAGGAAGAUCAUGGAGAACGGAGAGACCACGAGCAAGCUAACUAGCUAACGUUAACCUGCAAGGCAGUUGAUAUCCGACGGAAUGGAAGAUGUGUUAGCUAGCUAGGGUUGGGUAAGAAAACGGUUUCCUGUUAUCGCUGGAGAGCUAGCUAGGUCGAGUCUGUCACAUCUGGGAGGUUCGGCUGGCUGCUGACAGGAGAAGAUGCAGACGUUUCUGAGAGGUAGACGCGUGGGCUACUGGCUCAGCGAGAAGAAAAUGAAGAAACUCAAUUUUUUGGCCUUCGCUGACAUGUGCAGGAAAAGAGGGAUAGAAGUGGUUCAGCUUGAUCUGAGCCAGCCUCUAGAAGAGCAGGGUCCGCUGGACGUCAUCAUCCACAAGCUGACGGACCUGAUCCUGGAGGCGGACCAGAACGACACCCAGUCCCUGUUGCUGGUCCAGCGUGUGCAGGAUUACAUAGAUGCUCACCCAGAGACUAUAGUCUUGGAUCCACUACCAGCCAUCAGAACCCUGCUGGACCGCUGCAAGUCCUACCAGCUAGUCCACCGUAUAGAGGACUGCAUGCAAGAUGAGCGGAUCUGCUCUCCUCCAUUCAUGGUGUUGAACAGUGAGUGCGGGCCAGACACAGUGGAGCAGAUCAAGCAACAUGGUCUUACAUUCCCCUUCAUUUGCAAAACACGGGUUGCACACGGAACCAACUCCCACGAGAUGGCAAUCAUUUUUAGUGCUGAGGACCUGAAGGACAUUAAGCCCCCGUGUGUGAUCCAGAGCUUCAUCAACCACAAUGCAGUGCUGUAUAAGGUGUUUGUAGUGGGCGACUCAUACACUGUGGUCGAGAGACCCUCCCUCAAGAACUUUCCCUCUGGCCCAGCUGACAGAAAAGCUAUUUUCUUCAACAGCCAUAAUGUGUCUAAACCAGAGUCGUCCUCAGACCUUACCUCUAGAGAUAAUGUAGAAGGUGUUUCCCAACCUCCCAGUGAUGACGUCAUCAGGGAGCUAUCUAGAUCUCUGCGACAGGCUUUAGGAGUGUCACUCUUUGGCAUCGACGUCAUCAUCAACAACCAGACGGGCCAACAUGCAGUCAUCGACAUUAAUGCAUUCCCCGGAUAUGAGGGCGUUCCAGAGUUCUUCAACGAUCUCCUUAACCACAUUACCAGUGUCCUCCAAGGCCAGUCCUCCAACGACUGCCCCGCUCCGCCCUCGGCUCAGCCCCCCUCUGGACAGCUAACAACCCCAGCCUCAGGAGAGCGGAGCUGCGCCCCUUCGCAAGAAUGCUGCAGCCUGCUGGGCAAGGAAUCGGACAGCAGCAGCCCAUGGAUUGUGGAGGGUGAGGGAGGCCUGAAGGGUUCAUGCCAGAGACUGGGCUGCACCCCAGCCAUGUCCCCCAACUUCCAGCAGCACUGCGUGUCCACGAUAGCCACCAAGGCCUCCUCACAGUGACAGCCUUCUCCCCCCACCACCCUCUUCCUCUGAACAAAUAGAGAAAAACAAAGUGAAUAAUAAUAAAUAACAAUAAUUACUGAUAUUAAUAAUAUAUCUGUAAUCAGAAAUAAACCUUUUACUAUAUUGGUUAUAAUGGUGUUGAUAAUGGGGUGAUGGAUUCCUUUUGCCUUUCUGUAUCCAGUCUAAUAACUCGCAGUACUGUAACGUGAACUUUUGCGAAUUCAGCAUUGGUCAACUGGUUUCUUCUAAUAUACGUUUGUCUUUUUCGUUUGAGUGGAGAAUGGAGUUAACACACUAGGCAUUCUGCACGAGAGGGAAACCUCAUCCGAAGCUUUCCAGGUCUGGCGUUGCUUUUGGCAGGAGGAGGGACUUAAUGAUGCAUUGAUUUGUCAGUUGACACAUAACCACCUAUAAAUCAGCCCCAGAAGAUCGAAAAGUUAUAAAGCCUUUGUGCUCCAUGUUAAGUAUCAGUCCUGCGUUAAUAUGUCAUUGUGCAAGUGCAAAUCUCCCAGUCAGCUCCAAACUGAGAGCAAAACCGAUGGAAUAUAGCUACUUAUAAGGAAAAGAAGACCACCUUUUUGCUUUCCUUUAGUGACCAUGGGAUGCAACUUAAAACCAUGGCUCUUCAGCUCAAAGCAGCUGAUCUUGUAAAAUUCAUAAAACUUUCAUAAAGCUUUAGUAAAAUAUUAUGACACUUGACUUUUUCUGUAUGAGUUUCUUUAUUGUGUGUCAUAUGAUGUGGUUGGUGUUGGUCCAAAGAUAAACUGCAGGUGAACUGCAAUGUCAAGUGUCAUCAAUGUUUUUGAAAGAGUUAUGAAAGUAGACAAAUUUAAUACCUAAAAUGCAACAUUUAGACUGUAUGAUUGUGUGUCUGUCUGUAUGUAUGUGUCUGUGUUUUUAACAGAAACUGUUGCAUUCCUGAAAUUCCAGUAUUUUGGGUGUGGUCUGGUGAAAUUGUUUUUGAACAGUACAUUUCUACAAAACAGCAUCCUCUUAAUUUAAAUCACACCCUUAGUUAAGAACAAAGAAUUGUUAUAUGAUAACUGUAUAUAUGGAGUCAAUUUGAUAUUUUGAAGUUGCACAGAAAGAGAAAUUUAACUCCAAGGCAAACGUUAAUGCCUAUAACAUAACCAUUCCUGUUUUUAUGAGUGAAAGUCAUUUUUAUUUGUAUUCCUAUAUCUCAAACUUGUGAGAAAGUAGUGAAUUAUCACUCUAAUUAUCUGAGUAUAUUAUAGAAAUCCAAAUGAUUUCUGAGGCCAUGUGUUAAAGACUCAGCAGCGGCUUGUCGGGUCCCGUUUGGAAAAUGUCAAAUCUGUUUUUUUCCUCCUGGUUUACCUGAAUGAAGGGCAUUUCUUUUACAGGCAUUACAGGUUUUAAAAUCUGUUGGUCGUGCAAAAUGUGCCAUCUCUGGCUGAUGUAUCUUUGCUGUGGAUGAUUCUACAUUCACUUGAUUUGAAUUAAUGUACUAAUUUUUGUUUAUUUGGUAGUCAUACUUUUUUUUUAGUUAAUGUGUUAGUACAUGUUGCAAUAUUGGUGCUUUUUAACCAAGAUGGAAUAUCACUAAAACCAGUUUCAAUUCUCCAUGUUUUGGGUCAGACUAGAACAAAAUGUUGUGAAAGUAAAUUAAUUUUGACUGAUUCAAUGUUACUUUUAAAAGGCAAGUAACAGUUUAGCCUGUAAUCUGCAUAUAGAUGUUUAGUGGUUUACCUUUUAUUAGUAUUAUAAUAUUUUUUAAUUUUUUUUUUUUUUUAACCAAACCAGGUUAUUCAUGUGGACGAUCAUAUGCACAACAAGUUUUGUUUGUUUGUUUGUUUGUUUUUUCAUUAAGGAAAACAUUGAAAACCGUUACAGAGGACUUUGCAGAUGCAGUUUAGAAAAAAAUGACGAACUUAUGAUGUUAAUGCUCUGCUGUGUUCAGUCAAUUCCCUUUUAUACUUUAGGAACUGCUUUGCCUCAUUGGGAUGUAAAAAUAACACUGAAGCUUCUGAGUCUUUGAUUUGUAGUGAAGAACUGUGGUACUUCGACUGAGAGGAGCUUGAGGCGACUUCCUGUGUAGUGCUUUCCUUCACCUGUAGGGGUCUACUUUUAAAAGUGGAACCCUAAAUCUUUUCCGUUCAACGUGUAUAUACCAAAAUGUAAAAGCACCUUAGCACAAAAGUGAUUUCAGUGAUCAGCCUCCAUUGUUCAUUUACUGGAUUGUUUCUUUUUUUUCCUUUCUGCUUUGGUGGAAUAUGACACUUGUACCAAUCUGAGUCUAAUCUAAUGGAAUCUAAUGGACAUUAUGAACUUAACAUAUUCAAACAUGUAUAGACAUGAAAUGAGUGCAGUUCUCCACUAAAAUUACAUCUUUACCAAUCAUAGACUUGAUCAUAGAAUGAUUGGAGGGGUAUUUAUCUGGCUGGUAGGAAUCAAAACCUUAAAAAUGUAAGGUUACGUUUUGCCGCAUGACCUAAUAAUGGCCCGAUUCUUAGCCUUGUGAGGUGGAGAGAGUAUGACAGCUUUGUACACUGCUCUACUUUGUGUCUCUUUAUUGUGCUCUUGCCUUUAUUGUGCUUUGAAAUGGAAAAAACCCACCCUAUUUAGUACUCAAACUUGUCAUUGUUCUUGAAAUCCACUUGAAUGUUUACUUAGAUAUGAAAUAGACGAUGUAUGUAUACAGUGCACAACCCUACUAUAUCUGCAUACAUACAUUCAGAACAUGACGUACAGCAUAUUGUGUUUUGUAAGUUACAAAUCAAUCUACACUUUGUGAUUUCUUCCAGAUAAAACAUUUUAAAAAUUAAUUUAA